UCGCAAACUUUCCCUCUCCCACACAGGAACAAGUCAAAAUACGUUUGCGAUCAGCAAAUCGCAUUCAGAUGGCUCAACUAACAUCAUCAUGCGCCCCUCAUUACAUAAAGUAGCAGCUCCCGCGCUUAGAGGAUUGCAUACCAUAGUUUCCGUGCCCGCUCCAAGACCGCAGCGAUGUUUUCACCAGACCACUUUCGCCUCUCUCCCACGCAAGCGCUACUUCUUCACCUCCAGCAGAUUGUUGUCGGAUACUGACAAGAAUGAUGAAUUGAUCCUUUCAAAGGAUGCCGUCGAUCAGUCGGACGCUCAGCAGCAGAAUAAGACUUCGCCCUCCCCUAAGCGCAAAACCGCUCGAGCUUCCGCCGCCAAGACUUUGCGCCUGGGGCUCACUACGAAACAAACCAGAGGUACUAAAGAUGCGAGGGAAGAUCAUACAAGAGAUCAUACUGGACCAGAGACAGAUUAUCGUAGAACUAUCAAUUCUAUAUGCGUUGCUCAGUCUUUCGAUAUGGAUGCCGUACAGGAUAUACUACGCUUCCACGCAUUUGAGCUAGAUCCCGAUGGUACCGAAUUCGACCCCUCAGGUGUUGUACAUGCGAGGGGCAUCAAUAAUGGAGAUAUUUUCGUCUUCCCCUCCGGAACCAUUGUAGCAUGGUCAGUGCCAGCCGACGCCUUUAAGACCCUUGCCACCAAGCAGCUCAUUCGAGCGGCCGAGCUUCCUCAUCUUAACCGUGUCGAGAUGGAAGAGCUUGAGUUCAUACCAGACGAGACACGUGACACCAGUUAUAUGAAGGGAGAGGUCGUCGUCUUAGGCACGCGAGCGCAAGAAUUAGAAAAUGACAGACUAGACACGACUCUCGCAAAGAUUGCCUUCUCCAGCGGGUUGGCCAGAAGUCCAAAACUAGCAGUGUUGGAAAACCAGGCCAUUGAGCACUUCGAAUACUCUAAGAACAGCUUAAAUUUCAUCGAGGGUGGUUUAGAGCAUAAACUAAGACGGCGCGCCGUGUUGAAGAUGACCGGUCAACUCUUGAGCCUGAGGUCGCAGCUGAAUCAUUAUUCGGAUAUCACGGACCAGCUACCGGAUAUGUUCUGGGACUCGGAGUCGAACCUAGAGAAUUACUACAAUCAGAUUAGUACCGUUCUAGAUAUCCGGCAGCGCAUUGGUAUUCUGAACAAGAAGAUCGACUACGGUUUUGAGAACGUAAGCGUUUUGAGAGAGAUGGUCAGCGAAAAAGUUGGACAUCGGUUGGAGUGGAUCAUCAUAUUCCUUAUUACCAUCGAAGUCGGGUUUGAAUUACGAAGGGUGUAUCGUGAGGAUAUAGUUGAGUCAAAAUCGGAUCAGAUAGUGAAAGUCUAGUCAAGAAGCAGCAGCUACAAAAACACUACUCCUUCACGUACCUUAUAUAUGAUACCCCUUUUUCAUACAAUAUGAUUUCGUUAACUUUUACUACCCACAUAAUACGGUCCUUAACAGGAUAGGACCCUAUCAUAUAGGGAAUUACCCACGCGAACCCCAAGAGAACCAAAGACAUCAAAAAGGGGAGCCAAGGACUCUAGAAGUAGGUAGAAAGAGAAAUCUCAUCAGGUUCGGCAACGUACCCUAAGUUGUUCAUCGGUAGGUAAUAUGUUACUAAUCAAAACAAUACUAUAUGGCAAUAAUUUAAGAAAAAGGAACUUGCGAUGAGGUAAGUGCC